UUAACUCGUGGCGCCAAGAGCUCUAAAAUUCAAGGUAAGUUGUUGCCCUCUCUGCUCUAUCCAUUUCCCACAACUCGCUCUUUCUUCUUCUUCAGAAUGGGCUUCGACGCUUGUUCAUGGCCCCGCCCCAGGCUGCCGGUGGCCACUACGACGUCGUCUUACUGUUCUCUCAAACUUGAGCGUUUCUUCUUCUUCGUCUUCUGCAAACACACCAAGAGUACCUCUAUCUCUUGCUCUGUAUCUGAACCCUCGAAUUCCCCUGCAUCCUCGUCAACUCGCUCCUACAGUCGUCGAUGGUACAAUCCGCUUCGAAACCGGCCGUCCGAUUCGCCUACUCCGUACAUUGUCCGCCAUUGGAUCGACUCUGAUUGUCCACUCGCAUCCCAAGAGAGAUUUACAGUUGUAUCGUAUAAUAUACUGGGAGACAGAAAUGCAUGGAAACACAACGAUCUUUACCCAAAUGUUCCUUUUCAUUACAUGGAAUGGGGUCAUCGCAGAAGGGUCAUUUGUCAGGAAUUAUCUGAAUGGGAACCGGAUAUUAUCUGUAUGCAAGAGGUGGACAGGUAUUUUGAUCUCUUGAGCCUAAUGGAGGAAGUUGGAUAUGUCGGCUCUUACAAGCGCCGGACCGGAGAUUAUGCUGAUGGUUGUGCUACAUUUUGGAAAGCAGAUAAAUUUUGCUUGGUGGAGGGAGAAAGCAUUGAAUUCAAGGGACUUGGUCUUCGUGAUAAUGUUGCCCAACUUUCUGUUUUGGAGAUGAUGAAAGUUAAAUCAAGAAGAGUGCUUAUUGGUAACAUCCAUGUGAUUUAUAACCCAAACAGAGGAGAUGUGAAACUAGGUCAAGUUCGUCUUCUCUCAUCAAAGGCAGAGAUACUUUCCAAAAAAUGGGGUAACAUUCCUAUUGUACUUGCAGGUGAUUUCAAUAGUACACCACAGAGUGCAAUUUAUAAGUUCUUGACAUCAUCAGAGCUGAAUAUCAUGUUACAUGACAGAAGAGAGUUAUCUGGUCAGAGAAGGUGUCAUCCCGCUCAAGUUUUUGGUGCGAAAAGAGAAAUGGAGAGUCCAUUAAUUUUGAUUGACAGUCUUUUUAAGGAUUCUUGGACCAGAGAAGAGGCUAAAGCUGCAACUGGAAGUGCUGAAUCCGAUUUGGCUGUGCAUCCAUUGAAGCUCAAUAGCUCCUAUGCCACAAUUAAGUCUUUUCAGGGCUCCACGAGAACAAGAGAUUCGAAUGGCGAACCUUUAGCUACUUCUUACCAUUCUAAGUUCCUUGGAACCGUUGAUUAUUUAUGGUACUCAGGUGAUGUUAUACCUACAAAAGUUCUUGAUACUGUACCUAUUGAUACCCUCAGCAGGACAGGUGGCCUUCCAUCUGAGAAACUUGGAAGUGAUCACCUGGCCUUGGUUUCUGAAUUUGCCUUUGUGCAAGGAAUGAGAUCAUAUGAUAACUAACGUGACAACAGUGCUGGUAUUAUACGCAUGAAAUGGCUUAUUGCUGAUACUAAAUGCAUCCUCCCCAGCACGGAUGGAAAAACCAUUUUCCAGCAUAGCAGACAGAUUUUAUUAUCACACGGUUCCAGAUCUACUAAAGAAGUUUUAUAUCUUUACCCACCAUUUGUAUUUCACAGCAAAAACUAGUCAUCCCUAAACCAGUGCAAUUUAAGUUUAAUUUAUGAACUUUUAAUAUCUUGAAAUAUUAACAUAUACUGUAAAAGUAAUUUAUUUAUAGUACAGAAAAAAUUGUUCAAUUGUGUUA